AUGUUAGAUAAACAAUAUUAUACAAGUAGUCAAAUUGAUGUUUAUUUAUAUAUGUUUACAUUUUGUUUAGCUCCAGAGAGAAAAGGUCAAGUACUUACAUUUUCUAGUGAAUUUGUUUCAUUUAACAUAUCUUCUCCAUCUCAUUAUAAAUUUCCUAUUUAUGAUGGUCUUACAUUUCCAUCAAUGCUUUUUGAUAAGCCAGUAUUUAAUAUUCUUCAAGGUGAUUUUUGUCAUCCAAUUCUUCUUGAAUUCAAUAAGAAAGUAACUAUGCUUGGAGGAUUAAAAAUUUAUCAAUACAAAAUUAAAUUAGUCGAUUUUAAUAAUUGUACAAAUGAAAGUGAUACAAGAACAUGUACUGAAGUCGAAAAAAUCGAUAUAUCCAACUGUAUAUCAGAUGAAAUGCCGAAAAAUACAAUCUUUUUAUCAAAAGCACAUUUUCAUGGAAGUAGUAAUGAAACAAUCGAACAAAUGAAUAUUCAAGGAUUUACACCGACAGAUGAUGAACAUGAUUCAUUUAUAUAUUUUGAACCAUAUUCAGGUGUACCAUUAAAAGGUAUUUAUCGUAUGCAACUUAAUAUUGAUGCUAUAAUUGAUCCAAUGAAAAAAUCAAAAUAUGGAUCUGAACUUGAACAAACAACACGUAAAAGUGUAAAACGGUUAAUACCUAUCUUUUGGAUUGAUCAAAAAAUAACUGUUUCACAAGAAGUUAUCAACAAAUUACGAAUUCCACUUUUGUUUCUUUAUUAUGGACAAUAUUUUACUAUUGGAUUAGCUAUUGGAUUUUCGAUUGGUUUUAUUCUUUAUAUAGACUUAGUUGCUAAACGAGCUUAUAAAAAUAAUGAUAUACAUUUACAAAUUAUAUCAGAUGAGAAGCAUUAA